AUGGAUCCUCAAGGGAAUCAUCAUCAGGAUAAUGAGUGUGAGUUUGAUCACGAAUGCGACCAGGAGAUUCAAGAGGUGAUUCAACAGGUCCUCCAGCAAGUGAUCCAUCCUGAGAGUAAUGGAUUUGAGCUUGAUAAUGAAUCUGGUCAGGAGGUGGUCCAGCGGACAAAUCAAGAGCAGGACAACACGAGUGAGUCGGUUCAUUCACUCGAUGGAAUAGAGUCUCAGGAGAACAGUGGGGACGAAGGCAGUCAUGGAUCAAUUGUGAUGAAAAUUCAGAUGAUAAGCACAACUAGGCGCUAUCGCGGGCGCAUCGUUACUGCCACUGUUGCUGCCAUUGAUGACGCCGCAAUUAUUAUCGAUUUGCCCAUCGAGGAGCUUUUUCUUACUCGCAUAAGCACUCUCCUUCCCAAAAAUGCUGGCACACCUGAUACAUGGAGCAUGACACUCAAGAAGUAG